AGGCAGCCGCGCGUCAACAGAGAGGCCCUAGUCAAUGAAAGCUGGAGCAUUAAGUAACGGAAGGAAAGUUAAAAAUUCUUUUGAACUUAUCUGGAAUUUUGCAGAGCCCGACCAGUCGGUAUAGUGCAUUCGGAAAUACUGCGAAUUGUGAUGAAACUGAAUAAAGUUGACAGAAUGCCUACAAAAACCAGAACAUCAAAACUGGAAAGCGCUGAACCAACGAAAAAGAACAAGCGGAAAAUCUCGUCCAAAAAGAGAUCAUUGAAUGUGAAGUCCGUCCAAAAAGAAGUUGACAUAUUCAGCGCAGCUGCUAUGGAGAAUGUUUACUACAUCGCCCAUAAUGCAGUGGACUGUUUACGAUUCAGAGGAUUCGGCAGUUCAAAAGCACCAAAGAAGAAAAAGAAAGGCAAAAAACAUAAGAGUAAACAUUAGAUAUCAAACCAUACUCUUGCCAAUACAUUUAAUCGCUUAUUUUUGUUUUAAAAAACUACGUCCUGCUUUUGGUUUAAUGAAGAAAUGUGCCCUCUAAGAUGUUCAGCAAUUUUGUAAUAUGU